AUGGCCCGCCCGGAGACCUUGCAGCUCCUGCCGAAGCCCCGCGGCGGGCAACCUUUCCCGCUCCUGGCUCUCGUCGCCUUCGCGCUGCUCCUGCAAGGGCGCGGCGGGCGGGCGGCUUCUUUGCAGGGCGUCGUCGACGGGACGCCUCCGAUGGCCAAGAUCUACCCCCGAGGCAGCCACUGGGCAGUGGGGCACUUCAUGGGGAAAAAGAGUACUGGAGACUUUCCUUACGUGUACGAAGACCGUCAAGAGAUGCCCUUCUCUUUGCUGCCAGAUAAUGCCAAACAGCUGGGCAGCUAUUUGCAGCAGGGCGAAUCCUUCAAGGAGCUGUUCAAACGCAUGGAAGAGGAUGAAGAUCAAAAUUCUCAGCUUCUCCGGGAAGAGCUGCCAUUUUCUUCCAAGAAUGUUUGGGGGGCAGAGGAAAGCAGCCGCUUCAAAAAUAUGGUGGAGCUCCUGUUGCAAGUACUGGAUAAAAAGGAAAGCACUCCAAGUUGA